AUGGCGAACGUAGAGAACAUCCUCUCGAAAUAUGCCUCAAGGGCGUCUGAAGAUAAUAAAGUGUUUGGCGCUGCGUUUAUUGUCAAGGGCAAAGGAGGUAAAACAAUCUAUUCUUCAGCAGCAGGGUCUCUCAAGUUCGAUGGAAAUGAGCCAUUCACCGAGGACUCGGUAUGCUGGAUUGCUUCGUUGACGAAAUUGGUCACAGCGGUUGCAGCGAUGCAAGUCGUCGAGAAAGGAAUGGUAGGUCUGGACGAUGAUUUGGGAAAGGUUGUGCCAGAUUUGUCGGAUUUGCAAGUCCUUGACGGCUUCGACGAGAAUGGGAAGGCCAUCCUGACCAAGGCGACCAAAGCGUUGACCCUCCGCGGUUUCGGGUACGACUCAUGGGAUGCAGAUCUCAUCACAUGGCGCCAGAGCAUCGGCAGCGACAUCAACUCCAAUUCGUUCUCGUAUGAGUCUCUCAAGAUUCCGUUGAAGUUCCAACCAGGCGAAGGUUGGAUCUACGGCAUCGGACUUGAUUGGGCCGGCCAGAUCAUUCAGAAGCUCACCGGGCAGUCUUUAGAGGAUUACACACAGGACCAUAUCUUCCAGCCUCUGGGCAUGACGAGCACGACGUUCCGGAUAGUCGACCAUCCUGAACUCCAGUCGAAGCGAGCGGACAUGGGUCUCAGGCCCGAACCCUAUGGCCCGCUGACCAUAGGACAAGCUUUCAAGCCAGAUGUGACGACCAUGGAUUGUGGCGGUGUUGGCCUAUACUCCACGGCGAAAGACUACGGUAGACUUCUCGGUGCAUUGCUGGAUGGUGGUGAUGGCAUCCUGAAACCGGAUUCGGUCCAUCAGCUGUAUCAACCCCAGCUCCCAGACCCGAAACAACUCGAAGAGAAUUUCUUUGGCGACUUUUACCCCGUGUUUUCUCCAGAAUAUCCGAAAGGCAGCGCCAUCAAUUACGGUCUUGGAGGGGCGUUGAAUCUUGAAGACAUUCCAGGAAAGCGUCGCGCAGGAAGCGUCAUGUGGACUGGAGCGACAAAUCCUCGCUGGUGGCUCGAUCCGAAAGCUGGGAUUGCUGCGGCUUUGAUGGUACAGGUCCUACCGCCUGCCGACACGGUGGUAUCGGAAUUGUAUGCGGAGCUGGAGAAGGCCGUAUAUGAAUAG